CUAGAAUAGGCUAGCUUUUUUUUUCCCUCCCUCCUUUCUUUUCUCUUUUCCCUCCUCUUUUUCGGUCUCUCAUUUAAGAGAGAAACAAGAACCCCACAUUUGACAAAUACAAACCAACCACUACUACACCAACCAUGGCAUCUGCAAGCAGCUCUGCACAGGCCGCCUUCGGGCUGGGCCGGAGGAAGAAGAACCCCGGGCUCCUGGAUCAGAUUGGAAAGUUCUUUGGAGGGGACAAGAAGAGGAAGAGCAAGGGAUCUUUCCGUGGUGCACUGUCUCCAGGCCCUCAGAAAGCUUCUGCGACUUCCCCACGUAAGCGUGGAGCAGAGAACGCUGUGGUCCACUUCUUCCGCACGAUCGUGUCCCCCGCCCCUCCCAAGUCUAGGUGGAGAGGACUAGCAGCCAAGAUAGGCCUGGGUGACCAGAAAUCAGCCAAGAAGGCCAGUGCAGGGGAUGGCAAAGGCACCCUGACUAGGAUCUUCAAAAUGUGAUGAUAUCAGCAGCAGAGGAAGCAGGAGUGCUUCUCCAGGCAAACGCUGAAGUCCCUCUCCACAACCCCUUCCAACAGCACGAGGGCAGAUGUUCAAGAUCACGGGACUAAAGUGGGGAAAAAGAGGAAGAAAAGGAGGAAAUCUUGUCACCCCCUAAACUCACCUUCCCCUCCGCCUCUGAUAACACUCUAACGUGCGCUAAAUCCCUCAUUUCCCCCAUUACCUCCCUGCCCCCCUGGCUGGUAGAUAGCGACACAAUCUGUUGCCCCCCUCCCUCUCGCCUGCAUGCGUUGUGCUGAGUCUGUGCAGUCAUCAUCAUUAGCGUGAACUUUUUGCUGAAAUUGAUCCCGAAGCCGCUCACAUGUGCAGCCAGAAUGACCCCUCCCCCUGCGAUGGCUCUCUAUACUCGUGCUUGAGUUUCUGUAGCGUCUUCGAUGCUUCUUCUAACAAAAAAAAGAUGGCUGAACGGAAACACACCUGGAGCAGGUGAAGGAUCACGGCCGGUGCAAGUCCGACUGACUCGACCGUCAUUGCCGCUUGCUGAUUGGAUGAAAUGGCCGGGUUGUUUCUGUUUUUAAAAAGAGCGGUUUUCUGUCUCGUCACACUGUCUUUGUCAUUCCCUCGAACCUUUUCUGUGAACCCAAACAAAAACCUGUGUCUAACAGAUUUUACAUCCUUAUGAGAGCCAUUUGGUCACCCUGUGUUUUUUUUUAUUCAACCUUUGUGUCUUAGCUGUAGUUAAGCGUCUUGUCAUGUAAUGUGAUCUAUGUUUGUCAUUAGGGCCUAAGGCUGGCUGUGGUUUUUGUGGUAAGAAUUUAAUUUCUAAACCUUCUAAAUCAUAUAUUCUGCAAUAGUCACUGAAGAAAAACAAAUAAAUUAGUCACUUCUAAUGUAUUUCUUUUUCAGUCCAUGAGAUAAUGAUAUAAACUAAUUCUCCUCUCCAUAUAUAUGACUAAAUCAUUUCGUAGUGCACUGUUUUCCACCUCUAAAAACUGCCACACAGAAUCUGGAGUGUAAUGUUAGCGCUGCAGCAUGGUGCCAGAUUCAAACGUUUCCUCUUCGCUUUAGUGUAGUCUAGGUCUCUCCUUUGUCUUCGCUGUUUCUAUCUCACGCAUGGCACACAUACUGUAAAUUAAACACACAAGUGCCUUUCCUCCUGACUACCAAAACAAUGUGCUGUGUUGCCCUUCUUGUGGAUAGUUUAAAAAAAAAAACACAAUUUCAAAAAGGUGCUCUGUAACUAACACAUUAUAAGGUGUUUCUUGGGAAUGUGUAAGUUGCAAGUUUUCUGAAAAAAAGAAAAGCUCAGCACUACCACUUGUGCUGUGCAAAACAUCCAUCUUCCACAUGUUAAAAAGCAUCUCUCCCACUGUUUGCUUGAGCCUUGUGAGUGCUGUGUAGUGUUCUUGUGAAUGGAUCCUGUGGAUGAAUGUAAAAAUCCUCUUCAUUAUUGUAUGUGUAAUAAAACAUGACCAGCCACUUAACUGAGAAUAAAAAAUAAAAAUUAUAAAACCUA